GAGGCUCGAGACCCGAUGGGAAUAGCCAACCCCCGCGUGGCAUCCUCAGGCCUGGGCUCUGCCUUCUCCCGUUUGUUAACUCACGUGAUCCUCACGGCUGCACCUCGGAGGUUUGACAUCUACAGGAAGGUGCCCAAGGACCUUACGCAGCCGACAUACACCGGGGCCAUCAUCUCUGUCUGCUGCUGCCUCUUCAUCCUCUUCCUCUUCCUCUCGGAGCUCACCGGAUUCAUAACCACAGAAGUUGUGAACGAGCUGUAUGUCGAUGACCCGGACAAGGACAGUGGGGGCAAAAUCGAUGUCAGCCUGAACAUCAGUUUACCCAACUUGCACUGUGACCUGGUCGGGCUGGACAUCCAGGAUGAGAUGGGCAGGCAUGAAGUGGGGCACAUCGACAACUCCAUGAAGGUCCCGCUGAACAGCGGGGCGGGCUGCCGCUUCGAGGGCCAGUUCAGCAUCAACAAGGUCCCCGGCAACUUCCACGUGUCCACGCACAGUGCCUCGGCCCAGCCCCAGAACCCGGACAUGACCCAUAUCAUCCACAAGCUCUCCUUCGGAGACACGCUGCAGGUGCAGAAUGUCCACGGGGCCUUCAAUGCGCUUGGAGGAGCGGACAGACUCACCUCCAACCCCCUCGCCUCCCACGACUACAUCUUGAAGAUCGUGCCCACCGUUUACGAAGACAAGAGUGGCAAGCAGCGGUACUCUUACCAGUACACAGUGGCCAACAAGGAGUACGUCGCCUACAGCCACACGGGCCGCAUCAUCCCUGCCAUCUGGUUCCGCUACGACCUCAGCCCCAUCACGGUCAAGUACACAGAGAGACGGCAGCCCCUGUACAGGUUCAUCACCACGAUCUGUGCCAUCAUCGGCGGGACCUUCACGGUAGCUGGCAUUCUGGACUCGUGUAUCUUCACAGCCUCGGAGGCCUGGAAGAAGAUCCAGCUGGGCAAGAUGCACUGACCACCUGCCCGCCCGGCCUCUUGCGCCCCGUCUCCUCCUGCCCUCUGUCUGGCCCAGGAUCUGGCUGCAUCCCAAAGUGGGGGUGGGGG